GGAAGGCGUGGGAGGGCGGGGAGAGGCGCCCCUUUAAAGAGCGCGCGCGCCACACUCGCGCGCUCACUCGCCAUCGGCUCCCUGCUUUGGCCGCCUUGACCGACUCUGCCGAAGAGGAGGGGGCGUUCCCCAGACCAUGGCAUCCACCGAAGGUGCCAACAAUAUGCCCAAGCAGGUGGAAGUGCGAAUGCACGACAGCCACCUGAUCUCUGAGGAGCCCAAGCACCGGAACCUGUGUCUGCGCUUGUGCGACAAGCUGGGGAAGAACCUGCUGCUCACGCUGACGGUGUUUGGUGUCAUCCUGGGGGCACUAUGUGGCGGGCUUCUUCGUUUGGCGUCUCCGAUCCACCCUGAUGUGGUUAUGUUAAUAGCCUUCCCAGGGGAUAUACUCAUGAGGAUGCUAAAAAUGCUCAUUCUCCCCCUAAUCAUCUCCAGCUUAAUCACAGGCUUGUCAGGCCUAGACGCUAAAGCCAGUGGCCGCUUGGGGACGAGGGCCAUGGUGUACUACAUGUCCACAACCAUCAUCGCCGCCGUGCUGGGGGUCAUCCUCGUCUUGGCCAUCCACCCAGGGAACCCCAAACUCAAGAAGCAGCUGGGGCCUGGGACGAAGAACGAUGAAGUGUCCAGCCUGGAUGCCUUCUUGGACCUAAUUAGAAAUCUCUUCCCUGAAAACCUGGUCCAAGCCUGUUUUCAGCAGAUUCAAACCGUGACGAAGAAGGUCCACGUGGCACCUCAGUCAGAAGAGGCCAAUGCGACGACCAGCGCUGUCAUCUCCCUGCUGAACGAGACGGCGACCGAGGCGCCUGAGCAAACCACUAUGGCCGUCAAGAAGGGCCUGGAGUUCAAGAACGGGAUGAAUGUCUUAGGCCUCAUAGGGUUUUUCAUCGCCUUUGGCGUUGCCAUGGGGAAGAUGGGCGAGCAGGCCAAGCUGAUGGUGGAAUUCUUCAACAUUUUGAACGAGAUCGUGAUGAAGUUAGUGAUCAUGAUUAUGUGGUACUCGCCCCUGGGUAUCGCCUGCCUAAUUUGUGGGAAGAUCAUUGCAAUCAAGGACUUAGAGGUGGUUGCUAGGCAACUGGGGAUGUAUAUGGUAACGGUGAUUGUGGGCCUCAUCAUCCACGGGGGCAUCUUCCUCCCCUUGAUUUACUUUGUAGUGACCAGGAAAAACCCUUUCUCCUUUUUUGCUGGCAUUUUCCAAGCUUGGAUCACUGCCCUGGGUACCGCUUCCAGUGCUGGAACGUUGCCGGUCACCUUUCGUUGUCUGGAGGAAAAUCUCGGGAUUGAUAAGCGUGUGACCAGGUUUGUCCUCCCCGUGGGAGCGACCAUUAACAUGGAUGGCACAGCCCUUUAUGAAGCAGUGGCUGCCAUCUUUAUAGCCCAGAUGAAUGGCGUCGUCCUGGAUGGGGGUCAGAUUGUGACUGUGAGUCUCACGGCCACCCUGGCGAGUGUCGGCGCUGCCAGCAUCCCCAGUGCCGGGCUGGUCACCAUGCUCCUCAUUCUGACUGCUGUGGGCCUGCCGACAGAGGACAUCAGCCUGCUGGUGGCCGUGGACUGGCUGUUGGACAGGAUGAGAACUUCCGUCAAUGUCGUGGGUGACUCGUUCGGUGCUGGAAUUGUCUACCACCUCUCCAAGUCUGAGCUGGAUUCCAUUGACUCGCAGCAUCAAGCACAUGAGGACAUAGAAAUGACCAAGACUCAAUCCAUGUAUGACGACACGAAGAACCACAGGGAAAGCAACUCGAAUCAGUGUGUCUAUGCAGCACACAACUCUGUCAUAGUAGAUGAGUGCAAGGUCACUCUGGCAGCCAAUGGAAAGUCAGCCGACUGCAGUGUUGACGAGGAGCCUUGGAAACAUGAAAAAUAAGAAUGUGACUCUCAGCCAAGUUUUGAAUAAAUUCCCCAGCGUGUCUUAUGGUAAAAGAUGAUGUAAAGAUUAAACAGUUUUCUUUUUAAAAAGAGAUGGGGAAAGAAAAUCCACACAUAUUUCUGUUUACUUAAUCUGUUAGCUGAGGCUUAGAGGAGCUGUUGGGAGUUAGCGGUGAUAGGCACAAGGCUGUCUUUGCCAAAUAAUGCUUCAUAACCAUCCGAUUUCCUCACUUGCGUUACUGUUUGAAUGGGUGCUGCUGGGGGAGGCCGUUUGAAUUGAAGACCCAUUCUUGCCAGCUUCCCUCCUCUCUCAAGAUGCAGAAAUGUGGAUGUUCUUUUCCCAGGGGACAUGCCUGCCACGGCGUGGUACACUCCAGGGACUCGGGAUAAUGAGCAAACACGCCGUGUGUUAUUCCUUAAAGUAUUCGCCAUGUCUCGUCUUGUGAUGCACAAGAGAUUCUUUUAGAAGCUUCUAGAAGUUAUUCCCUUUAUAUGUCUUGUAGAGUUUGGCACAUGUGUUGAUUCAAAGCAAGCAUCUGUCUUAGGGAAUGCUCACAGUCUGUCUUUCGUAUCCUCUUGAAGUUAAACGUUUCCAAGUUUUAGUGGGAGCCAUAGUCGUAAAGGCAGUUGACCAUGGAGCUCACUGCAUCUCUGCCGCCGCUCUGGCUAGUUGUGUGAAUAAUUAAGUUCAAGGUAUGUUUAGAUUUAGUGAUAAAUAUGUUCAUGGAUUAGGAAGUAGCUUACAUUUGACUACUAUAUAUACAUUGGCAAAAAUAAAGCACAGGCAAUAUAAAUUUUAACCAGCUUAAUAUAUACAAAUUUUUUAUACUUAAUGUGCAUUUAGCUGCCAUGGUGGAAUGAUGAGAUGGUUUGAUCUCUGUUUUGCUUUUUUGCUUCUUUUGCCCAUAAUAUUCUUGUUAGGGCUCCUAAAAAAAAAGACAUUUUUAUUCCCUAAGGGGGUCAGUCCUAUUCUCAGCAACAUAGAAGAGCUAAUCACCUCUCCUCACACAUGGAGGAUCAUGUGUAGGUUGUGUAUCUUCGAACCACCUCUUAAAACAACAACAACCACUUGUAUUCAUGUAGCAUACAGAAAGCCAUCUGUUAUGUUCUGUCAAAGCACACCAGUGGAAGUAGAACCAGUCUUCUUCUCCAGCCUUCUCUGUGUAAAGGAACAGAAAACAAACGUGCAAAAUCCCACAGUGAUGACAUGCCAAUGACUGAGUCCAGGUGGCCUUCAACUAGGAAGUGGGAUGCCUCUGCACAGCUUAACAUAGCUCUUUGGAAGACUAUGAAGGUUCGCAGGAAUAAACCAUCUGUAACUGGAGAAGCGAAAUGCCUUGCAUACUGUAGGCCAUCCAGAGAAUUCUUAUUGAACAAUUACACAGGGAAUUCUUCAUGAUUGACUAUGCCAGUGAAAUUUUUGAGUGUCUCCACUAUUAUUUACUAGUGGAUAGCCCACAGUGUUUUCCUAGGUUGCUGGUUUGGUGAAUUUGCCGAGGACUUGAGCCUGGACCACUGUGAAAUAAAGCACCGUUAUUUUACUCUACGGAAUAUAUCCAGCUUGGUCCACACAUGCGCGUAGGAUAUUCCUGAGCAGUCAUAGAAUGCAGAUCCCCUGAGGAGAGAGGAUUUGGAGAUAUCAGAUACCCUUUAUUCUUCAUACCCUACAUUACCUACUCUUCCUGAUUCCUCUCUUACAACUUAGACUCCUUUGGCACAUACAAGAGGUCGUUGUUCUUUGCCUCAUAGACGCAAGCUAUUUUUGGAUAAGGAUCGCUGCUGACGAUCAGUAUUACACAGUGCCCCCCCCCCCCAUUUUCCUUUAAGAACAGCAUUGGUCAUAAUUUUCAUUAAACACCAAGUUACCAAGGUGGUGAAAGAUAUGCUGAAAAUUAGUAAUGCAAAAUACAUCCUUUAGAGCAGACAUUGUGGGCCCAGCAGACCUGGGUUAGUUGUGAAACUAUUAAACAUGGUCUUAAUUGAUGCUCCCAGGAAUGUACUUCUGAGUAGAAUGAUCUUGUCCAAACCUUUAUGAGUUCAUUAUUUGGUUGUCGUUGAAGGCCAGCUUCAUGUUUUAAUAUUUGUCAAUAAGUGGUCAAUCCCUGAAUCCCAAUAUGCAUUUCGAGAGAAUUAGCUUCCUAGGACUCUGCCUAAACAUCCUUCCAGUUUGUUUUAGCUUUCUUUUUUUUUCUUCACCUAACUAUCCUGUUAGCCUCUAAGGAUAUAGGGGGACAAUGUGUUUCAAAGAAGCAAGAUGCACAGCUCUUACCAGAACUAGGCAGUAAGCCUCAUAAAAAUAUCCUCAGGAAGUCAGAUGUAACUGGAAAUGCAAUCAAUCAUAUUAAAAAUAAGCAAUUUCUAAAACUCAUGGAAAUCCAGAAUGUGUGCAUUAGAGCUGGCAUAUGAAUAUUCACUCUGUUGCUCGAGGCCUCCUUUAUGCGUCCCAUGCCACACCUACUCGGGUUUCUCUUGCCCAGCAUAUGUGCCAUAAACACAACAGUGGAUCCAGAGUAUACCUCUCAUGACUUUUUCUAAAUUAUAUACAUAGAGUUAUAUCCAUAUAGCCUGUCAGUUAUAUGUAGAGAUUUAUAUUAGGAGAUCCAACACAGAUAUGAAUGCGUGUAACAGUCCUCUAAUAUUUGAUGAUGCAUAAAUGUUAUAUUUCUAUACAGACAAAGCAGGCCAGAUCCAUACACUGCAUCCCGUAACUCAGCGCUUCGACAACACAGUUUUGUUAUAUCUCACUUGAGCAUCAUCUCCAGAGAAAACCAACUAAGUCCAUACUGCGAUCUUCCCUUGCUUGAUUUUGCCCCUUGGGGAACCCAAAUGCAAUCCCCAUUUAAUUAUUUACUAAAAAUCCAGUGAGUGGCAUUUCAUCAGUAACAGCAGAUGAUCUCUCAAGGUAAUGCCUUACCUCAGGGGCUUUCAGGCUGUGCCUCUGUAUGCAAGGAGCCCGGCCGCACAGUGGUUACCUGCUCAGCUGCUAACCAAAAGGUCAUCGGUUCAAACCUCCCAGGAGUUCCGUAAGAGAAGAGACCUGGUGAUCUGCUCCCAUAAACAUGUCUGCCUGAGAAUGCCUAUGGGGGCAGGUCUCUUCUGAUCCUUUGAGUCAUGGUGAGUCAGAAUUGACUUGGCAGCACACACCACCAAUACCCCGCAAAGCGCAGCAGAGAAGCAAGAUAGGCAGCCAGAUCGCACAGGCCCGCAAUGUAGGACUUCAGGUGGCAGAAGCUGCAUGAAGUAGCUAGUCAGCCUAGAUGUUCAUGAAAGCCUAGAGAAAGGGUGCCAGAUUUCCCCGCCUCUGGAUUUAGCUGUGACAGCUGAUAAAGACUUAGGGAAGAUCCGGUUCAUGGUGAGAUUUAUAUCCUCUUAGGUGAGACCAGAAUUUACAAUGACCAUUUGAUUAGGAGACCACAGGCCAUUUCUGUUAGUGCAUGGGGAAGGAGGGCAUUUGCCAAUGUGUCUAGUCUAGAAACUCUUUUUUAAAAGGAGGGUUGGGUAGCUCAUCUGUUGGGUUCCCUCAAAGAAAACCAAUCUGCUUUUUUUCCUUUUGGCAAAUACCAGACUUCCUUUGCUCUCCAUAGCAAACGUUCUAUUGUAAUUGUUUCCUUAUGCCAGAAUCAAGGUUUCUACCUGUGCAAUAGGGUCCUGAGAAAGACGGCGAUAAAUCCAAGGAAGGAUGCCAUGUCUCCAUAGUUCAGACUCUUGGUAAACAAGUCUCAGCAGCGCUAGCCUCAUUGCAUGACGAAAAGUAUUCCGUUGUUACACCCAGUGGAGGUGGCUCUUCCCAAGGAACUGCGCUCGCCCUUUGGCCACACGGCUGUCUCGAUUGUGCUUUCCUUGUGCUCCAGCUUGACUCCUUCCAAUUCAAGGAAAAGGACCCACUUGGCUUUCUCAGUGAUUGGGAUUCUUGCUCAUUGGCUGAGGAUAUUAGGAUCUAGGGAUCCUCCCAAGUUAGAGCCAAGCGAGCCUGAAAGUGAGAGUUUUACACAUUCAGUUGUUGGGGAAGAUUCCUGGUCUCCUCUGGGGUAAUUUCUGGCUAAAACCUAGUAGGGCCACUGAGUACUGGUUCAGGCAGGUGGCUUUAACAAAUUCUUGUUCUCCUUGGGCCAAAUGAGUUUGAAUCUGCUGAUGUGUCCUGUGUUAUUGGUGUUCUCCAGGGGAAAGCUCAAUUUCCUUCUCUUCCUUUUCCACUGAUCGUUGCUGCUGCUUAAGAAAUGACUGACGCAAUAAAUGACGAAAUAAAUUAGCACACGGGUAGCUUUAGAAUCGAUGGCGGGGAAGCUUAAUUGGAUAGUCUAUAAUUGCCUAGCAGAAAACAGUUAAUUUGACAAUGACAAAGAGAAGUGUCAGGAUUUGUUGGAAGAAACAUCUGGGCUGGACUCUACCAAUGUUUAGCUGUAUAAAACUACACAAAUCACAUGAUCUCUGAACCUGAUUUCUUUUCCUGCACAUUUGUAAAGCAAAGAGGUUGGAUUAAACAAUUACAUAAAACCUCUUUCCAGCUCUAAGAAACCAUGGUGUUAUGAUUUUGUUCUUACUAUGACAGAAUGUUACUAACUUAUUGUUUUAGUUGGAGGGGCCCACAAUAAUGACUAAUCAGUUUAGAUUUUUCUCAUACCCUUUGUGUGUGGGUGGUGGCGGUGUUGGAUUAAAUCCAAAACCUCUCACUUUAGCAUUUGAUGUUUUUCAAGGUUGCAUGACUGUGUUAAUCCACAGCUUGACGUUUGGGGCCACAAACAGGCAUCCUUUUAUAAAAGUGUCCUUUACCUAAACCCGCUGUCUUAAUACAAGUAGUAUUUCAGCUCAGAGAAGAACAGAAACGCAUGCAUCCAGCACCACCAGGAGAUGACUGGGCAAGUCUACAACCUCUUCCACCCUCUCGCAUCAUUGUGCUCUUGCAACACAGCCCAUUCUGAAGAGCCAAAACACACAGUUUUCUCCAAACGGGCCUAAUUGCCAAACGAGUAGGGGGAUUUGGGAACCUUGGGCAAAUAACCUUGAACACUCUUAUGAAAUUUGGUGCAAGACUUGCCUCCCCUUCCUCCCCUGCACACUGUGCAUGCAUCUCCCGGCGAGCCUAGCCCAAGUCCUUUCUUUGGAGUGAUAGGCAGGGCUAUCGGGUGGAAUUCCUUUUCCACGGGUCCUCUUCGUUGGCUUUCUGAUGGGUGACCUUGCACAGGUACACCAACCUCUGCCUUGCCACGAUGAGGUUUUGCUGGCCACCCCUGCACUCUUCAAUGCUGGGGGAGCUCUAGACUGCAGGGCUGUGGAAGUCAUCUCAGAAAUCCAUGACCUGCAAAACCAUGUCCCCAGCCAUCAUCCCAGAAUGACUUCUUGCACUGUCUGGUACUGCCGCCUGGCCUGUUGUUCUCAUCACUGCUCUUUGGCUGAACUCCUGCCGAGCACAGCUAGCGUUGGGUUGGGUUUCCCAUCCCUGUCUGUGAAGGCCUUGAUUCUUUAGCUAUGUAGAUAACAGCUGUUAAAAGGACUGCUUUUCUCCCCACUGGUACAACAAGACAAAGACUUCCUUAAUUUAUCGUAUAAGGACCUGUAGACAAAGGAGAAAAGUCCCAAGUCUUUAUUCCGGUUCACCCUAACUAACUUCCUGUAUCAUUUCUCCACAGUUCUGCUUGGUUGUCCCCCCUGGGUCUAGGCUUGCUUCACCUUCCCAGCUCUGGGCCACGUCUCCAUUUUUAUAUUUUUCAUAGCCCUUCUGAUUUUUAUGCAGGGCCCUUUUAUACUGAGAAUAUAAUUGCCCCAUUGACUCAACAAUUGAGUCAAUUGCCCCAUUCAACAGUCAUCACUUGACCUAGAGAAUGGAUAGCAACCAGUCCCCAGUUCCUCUGGAGACGCCACCAAUCCCUGGGUAUGUGCUGGAACCAACAACAGACUGAGAGCCUUGGGAGCAUCCCCAGUGGCCAUGGGAUGAUGCAGUGAGAGCCUCGCUCCUUCUGGGGCUUCGUUUCCUUUCUUGGCAACCAGUUAGCUUGCCUGGCAACAGCCUGUUGCUUUUGUAGGGGAGAAAUGCACACACAAUUACUAGCCAAUGAAGUUGGUCCAGCACAUCACUAUAAAGUUUGUCCCCCACAGACAGGAUUCCCUGAAAUGUAUGAUCUGAUGGCUGUUUGCUUAAUGCUCUGAAAGAAUUGGUUUCCUGACUAGCAGCUCACCCUUUGGCAUCAGUUCUUCUAUCCCCUUAUCCUCCUUCUUCCUUCCCCCGGAAGAACCUCAACAUUACAUCUCCAUGUUCCAUGGCAUGCCUCAGAUUAUCUGCUUGCUAUAGAGAUUUGUAUAUAAAAGCUACUUUUGUGAGGAUUUUUAUAUAUUGCUUUUCUAUUUGUUUUCUACAGUUUGAGGAGAGAGCUGGCAAAACAUGGGUCUAACUUGGUCUUUCUGCCAGCAGAUAUAUUUUGACUUCCUGGAACCUAUGUUCCUAGGGGCCGUAGAUUGCCCCUCUGCUCAGUAUUAGACCCCGAACCCACCAAUUCCUCCAGUCCAACCUUAGGCUCUUUUAAAAAAAUACAGAUCCUCAAGCUUCUUUGCUAUUAUGUAUAAACAGUAUGAGAAAACGUGUUUGUAAUCCUGGAUAUUCUAUGUUUGAUAUUAAUUUAACCUUUCAUAUUAUUACACGUUUUUAUCUAACCUUCAGAAGUCAUUAAAGAACUCAGUGUAGACUGAAUUCACCUAUGUAGUAUCUGGGAUUUUGCAGACAGAUAUUUUCUUACGGUAUUUUCUAUAUAACCACAGAUGUAGAAUUAUAACUAAUCAGAGCACAAGGUGUUUCCACAGCAAUUUAUAGCUGUUAAUUGUUUCCUGAACCCCUAGCCACACUUGAGACAUUGAACAAACUGGCUGUUGAAAACAAGGGCUGGCUUCAGUUCCUUAGCUGGCCAAUGCACCCUUUUAAGCAAGACACCUUUUAAACUAGAGGUCUGGUGCUGAUUCCUGAAUUUUUGACACCAUGACUUGGUUUUUUUUCUCCAACUAAGCUUUCCAAUCUUGCUUUCCUCAAAAAAAAAAAAAUCAAAGACAAAGUGGGAUCAUUUCUGUAUCGGAAUCCCCCAUGCCUUCCUACUGGUUUAUAUGAAAUGCGGACUUAGGAAAAGCCUGCGGAACUGAGGCUGGAGGGUGAGCACUAGGAGGCCCAUCCAGACAGAUUUGUUGCAGUUAAUUCUUGCCAGGAAGAUUGGAAAUAAAUGCCACGUUGUGAUAUGAACUGAGCACAUGUUUUCAAGAAAGGAAGAAGGCAUGUUUAGGACCAGCUGUGAAGCAGUGCCCCGGCACCGGGUAUGGAGGCUUUGGUCACAUUAAAAUUGUUCAGCAGAAGCCCAGGUGGAUUUGUCCUCAGGUGAAAAGCAGGCUACAUCGCCUUCCCCACCAAUGGCACAGCAGUAGCCACUACAAAGAGAAGGUGUCUUCCUUCAGCCAAACACACUUCCUGACAUGGUUGGUAGGGCUUGUAUUUUGGCCACGGUCUCUGUUUUCAUAAAUAGUUGUUUCCAUAGAAAGUGGACUGGUAUGUAUGUGAACCUGCUCCUCAUUAAGUAAACAAAUUAGGUGUGCCCUUACCUGGCAAUGAUUGUAUCUGUGGUUUUCAAGUACAGGUGGCUGUCAAAGUAUGAUGUUUUGUUUGUACACGCUGACCCUUUGUUCACGCAUGAAGAACAGUGCCUAUGCACUUUGUGUAGCUAUAAUGUAGGUCAUUGUGUGUAAUUUCAGUGAAAUGGUGUAUAGACAUACUGUAAUUUAAUUUAAAUGUUACUUUUGGCUGUUCAGCUAAGUGCAGUAGACAAGUUGAUUGGUGUUAGAAAAACCUUUCUUUUCCUUCUUAGGCACCUACCAGUGAGUGCUUUCUGCUCUUUGGUAAUGUGAUUUUGGGAUAUAUACGAGUGAAAAACUUUGUACUGAUAAUUGUUUGGAAAGUCUGUGUGUGUGCGUGUGCAUGUGUCCAGCACCUUUGUGAAUCCCCAGUUCCGAGCAGUGAUCGGGUGAGCGUGCGUCCAGGUUCCAGUGAACGGACAUCUGGCUGCUGUGAAAGACGCAGUGAGUGCGAUGGCAGAACUUUUCAUUCCGUGGGCCGAGGGAGAGGACAUUUAGAAUGAGGAUACUCCUCGCUAGUCCUGCUUCACGCGGUAAAUUGGGCUCAGAGUGACUAAAGGUCAUUCUGGGCCUGGGCCUGUUAGCAUCAUGUCCACAGUCCAGGGUCAACCUCUCUGGUUGUCAAGUACCAAUCAUAAUUUUCAUGAUGUAAAGAUUGUGAGAGCCUUGUCCCCCUCGACUUCUUGAGUCAGGAUACAGAAGAAAUCCACAAAGUGUCUCUGCCCUACAGGCAAACCCUUACAAAAGCACAGUUCUACCAGGAACGCGCACAGUUGUCUGUAGUCAGGCAGACCGCCAAAAGCACAGGAGCAGUCAGGGGCGCAGCUCUGGGGUUGCAGGGCGGGGAAGUGAUGAAGCACAAUCCUACACAUGUGAAGGAAGUAUGACUUCCAGUACCUAAUCUGCUGUGUGUGUGUGUGUUGAGUGAUUGCAGAUGAGAUUAACUGUAAUUCUGCACUUGCCUCCUAAAAGACAUGAUCUGUCUAAUGAUCACUAAGUGGAAUGCAGUCUCUUGCUCUGUAACCCCGUCCCCCUCCUCCACAAGGACAGAGAAGAAAUGGCCGUGUGCUGUUGGGAACACUGAACAGAUCUCUCUUUCCCAAGAGAAGUGACACCGCUCAUAUCCCCCGAGGGCAUGGAGCACGUCCGUUUGCAGUGUCUUCUCCAGAGGAGUGGGAUCAGGGGUUCUAGUGGGCGGGCAUUUUUUCCCCCUCGAAAUGGUGGCUUUUUCAACUCCUGUCAUUGAAAUUGUUGGAUGGAAAUCUUACUGAAAGAAAACGAGUCUUUAGGCAGAUUAUCUUUUAAGAUUCUUGCAUGUGCAGAAUGAAAUAUAAGAUUGUUUUCCUUUGAUUCACAAACCCCGUUGGUGUGAAGUCAUGUAGCAUAGAGCGUCUACAGCACAUAGUGUUAAAUGACUAAUAAACGAAAAAAGAUGAAAAACUUCAUCUAGUUCUUGGAUGUUUCUUAUAUUGGGGACUAGGCAGUGCCUCAUUGGCAAAGCACAUCUGGGCUCAUUUUGUUUUCACCGUUAGCUUUCUAUGCUUUCUUACAAUGUGGAUGGAUUAAUGUAACAUUUCAUGUGUAAAAUAACUGGAUGUUCUUUUAUGCUGGAAAUAAUCUGUGAAUUUAAUAUAUUACUAAGUGUUUUAACUUUUGUGUAUAUAUCUCUCAUCAAUAAAUGUGGAUUCAAAUUUUCUCUUGA